GUCGCAACACAAGCCAUCGCGCGCGUCUGCCCGUUCCUACGCGAGAUCGCGCACCCGUGGAUCAUCGUCGCGACUCCGAUCGUGUCCAGUGAUUUCGACGAGUAAGAUUUUUUACGUGCAGUGGGCCAGAAGGGGUUGCUUGUUCUCGACGGUCCCCAUUUUUUCUUUCUUCCCACCGAAACAAUUGAUUCCUCCGAGCUUGUUUGGACUGUCACUGUGUCACACCCCGAAAGUUUGACGGGGAACGGCGGGAGAGCGGCGGGGAACCGUGGCAAUGGCGGCGGAAGACAUCGACGGAAUGGAGAGGAACCGGGCCAAGGCUGGGAGCCUCACCGAAAUCGUGUAAUUUCCGGACACCGUGCCGAUGCGCAACCGCCGCGCCGUGAAUUGAUGGUGAUUUCGCGAGGGAUUUAUCGGCGGUGUCUUAAAUCACGAUUUGAAACAGCGGCCGCAUUAGCGGCGGACAUCGGAGUCUGCCAUGGCAACGGCGGACUCGUGCGCAGCAAUGGACGAAUACCAAGGCGUGGACACGACGACGAAGAUUGACCGACCGGAUCCCACCUGCGACGCGGUCGAUUAAGUCACUUGGAGGUUGGCCUGGGGGUUGGUUACGGGGGACGUCCGGAUGCGUCAUGUCGUCCUACGAGGGGCACGUUUACGAGCGGAAUCUUACUUGAAGACGCAAAGCGGAGGCGAAGCCGACCGUAGAUCCGCGGGACCUUGGAAGUUACAAUGUCAACGGCCGCGACGGACCCGCUGCCGCCCACCGUUUCCGGGGAAUUGACGACCGCGCUUAUACCGACGGUGACCAAGAUCGAUACGCGGCUGGACGUCAAUCCCGUCUCGGUGGUUUUGGCGGUGUCGAUAGUCUGCAUUUUAUCGCCGAUCACCGUCUCCGGGAACUCCAUUAUCCUGACCGCGUUCUAUAGGUACAAGAGGCUGCGAACUGCAUCCAAUUACCUGCUGGUCUCUUUGGCCAUCAGCGACUUCGGGGUCGGCGUGUUCAUGCCGUUCGGUAUGCAGCUGGAGCUGUCUGGUCUCCCGGAGAAUGGCGUGUCCACGUUGUGCAUCAUCCCCUAUUGCAUCGUGAUCGCGUUGUGCAGCGUGAGCGUGCUGGUCACGGUCGCGAUCGCCGUGGACAGGCUGACAUCGCUCGCGCAGCCGCUCAGGUACAAGAACAUCAUCACCCACAGCAGCAUCGAGAAGUACAUCGCCGUGUUCUGGAUCUACGCGAUCGCCGUCGGCCUCUCGCCUCUGAUCUACGCGAAAGUUGUCGGCGAGACGCAACCGCACAGCGGCAGCUGCAGGUUCGGCGCCGCGGUGCUGCCCCCGGUCAGGGUGUUCCUGGUGGUGGCGGUGUGGGCGCCGAGCGCCCUUGUGCUGAUCGCCUGCUACAUGUACGUGUACCUGGUGGCGCGUGCACACGCACGCGCAAUUUACACGGUGGAGCUGUCGUUCAGGCAUCAAACGCAGACCUUGGCGCUGCCGCGUUACGGUCAAACGCUGGCCGUCACGGUCGGCGCCUUCCUCGUUCUAUGGCUUCCGUUUCAAACCUGCAUGCUGCUCGACAUCUUCUGCGGCACCGACAUCUUGUCGGAGUGGGCAGUGGUGUGGCUGGGCCUGCCCAUAAUGGCGCACAGCGGCGUGAACCCGUGGAUCUACGCGUUCCACCACGGCGAGAUGAGAGUCGCUGCCGGGAAGAUCACAGAGGAGCUGGUGGCGCUGUUCGGUGUGACGCCGAGCCGAUACGGAUGCUCGCCAUUGAGGCGGGGCUCUAACACGAACAUGGAGCUGGCCGAAGUGAACAACAGCAACGACGGCAGACGACACCCGGCGGAUGAUCGUUUCGUGGCGAAGCAAAAUGGCGCGCUGUACACAAGCAGGCGCGGCCUGAACCUAUCGGGCAGACACGCCGACAUCUCUCCCGAGAGGAACAUGGAGCAGAGCUCUUGCGGCAGCAGGCAAGCGGACAUCGUCGAAGACGACAUCCACGACCUGACGAAGAUGCUCGAUCUGAAGUACAUCAUCGACAGGAACCACAUGAUCGACUCGAACCACAACAUCGACAAGGUGAAGAACCUCAAGUACCUUCUCGACCCGACGUUCAACAAGAUUCGACACCUGAGGCGACUCAACCACAAAAAGUUCACCAGCAAGAACUUCUCGAAACCAUCCGAGCCGAAGUUCAUCUCCUACCAGAACUUAAAGAGCGACGGGACAUUGAACAGGAAAACAUUGCAAAUGAACACCAUGUCGGACCCAGUCCUGAGCGCGGACAGUCCAAUGGUGCACGGCAAGGACUUCACCGACUCUUUAAGUCCGGUGAAUCCUAAACGAAGGAACUCGAAUCUUUGUUCCAUGUCUGAUCCCAAUAUCAAGGCGGCGACCGGACAUUCCUCCGAAGCGAGUCUCAGGUUACCAGUUAGCGGCCACGUGGUCGAGACCCACAGGUACUCGGUGCAGAACCUGGAUCACAACAGGUGCGACGGCGGAUUGGCGAAGCAGGUGAUUCUGUCGCGUCAACUGGAGAAUCAUAGAAGGUUCCAGGUCUACCCGCGACCACGAGUGAAGAUUCCGAACAGUUUCGGCAGGACGAGUCCGAACCUGAAUCUCAGGUUUCAGAACAGCUAUACGUCCCCUACCACGCCAGAGAACACGGUGGCCAGCUUUUUUAACAGUCUGAAGCAGAAGUCUUCUCCUAGCAGACACAUGGUGAUCACGUCCAACCAACUGGCGAACCUGAAUCAUCCUGACAAUGCGUCUCUGAGAUGCUUGGAACCUACCGUUGAUCAUUCAACCAGGAUACUCCAGGCUAGGAGGAACAUUGAUAUACUGAGACAUUCCGAGUCGACCAAUGCCAUUGAACCCAUGUCGCAGUCCAGGCUACUGGAACCUUACAGAAUCAUGGAAAGCCUGGCUGUCCCGACAAUACACUCAGAACCACCGAGUCCCAUAGAUCCUCUUCCUUUAGCAUCCCUCGAGGAAGAGACCACCAAGAACAACGAGACAGCGAAUCCUCCUACGAACACCGAACGUUCCAAGCUGCCAUUCGGCAACAGGAGAAGUCCAGUCAGACACUCGGACCCAGUGAUACCAUCCGUAUUGCUAAACAUCGAGGACUACAGCGAAGAUAGUGGGCAGACUGACAAGUCUAGUCGGGACGGUUCCUCGAACAACCUGCCAUCAGCUGGUCUCGCGCCUUCGAUGGAGCCCAUAGACUUGUUCGAAGCUCUGAUCAAGAACUCGGAGAGGUUCAGAGAAGGCAGACUACCAGACCCAAUCUUCGCCGAGCACGACUCGACGAGGUUCAGCUCGAGGAGACCGUCAGACUCAAAAUGGUCAGAGUCCUCUAGAAGCCAAGAAGUCCUGUCCAACGUUACCGAGCAUCAAGCGUUCCCGUCGUCGUACUCGGUGAACAACUUCCAAGUCUGCAACAGCGGCAGCGAUCUGAACGACCUGACGUCGUUAGAUCCCUUCAUGUGUCCCGACGCGUUGACGUCGUCGCUGCGGGAAUCCUUCUUCAGCGCGCCGUCCGUGCCUGACUCGGAGAUCUUCACGUCCUUCGAGGAGAACGAGGAGUCCAUUUUAACGCCGGACUCGGAGCGAGACACGUCGCCUUACGAGUCCGCGUCGACGAUGAACCUGAAGAGGUCCAUGAACGACGCCUACCACCAGAGCAGGUCCACGGAGUCCGUGUUCCGGAACAGAUGCCUGUCGACCAGGUCCUGCACGAUCCUGCGGCUCGAACCGUCCCUACACCGAAGUAGAUUGCGAGUCAGGCCCAACGCGGACUACAUCCUAAAGGACAUGGCCAAAAGGGGCCAAAGAUUGGUUAGGUUCUAUUCCGUCGCCAUCUUGCUUAAAAGCGAACGCGUAAACACGAUGGCGGACUACGGACGCUGUGACCGUUAG